UGUGGAAGUACAUAUCAAGGCAAUACAGGACCCUCAGUGCGUAUGAUAUUCUCCAAGCAAUAGCUGCCACAACUGCUUUGAAGACAGAGGUGCCCUGAAAAGAGACAGAGCCCAGCGAAGAAGCCCUUUCUCCUAAAAACCUUUCGCUCCAGUUCCUGACCUACCAGAACGCUCAGUACUAACGUCAUUGCAAGGUUUAAUUCUUCUGCCAUGAAAACUUUACUGAAAUCACAGAUUCUCAGAUCGUUCUGGAUACUUCGGCUGCAUCACCGAUGGUUCCACAGGCACAACAGGCUCCUUGGCUCUCCCAUUUUUGCUCAGUAUGAAGCUCAAAGCCAAGGAGAGCAGCAGCUACCUGAGUAUUUUAACUUUGCAAGUGACGUAUUGGAUAAAUGGUCACAGCUCGAGAAGGAUGGAAAAAGACCUUCCAACCCAGCACUAUGGUGGAUAAAUGGAAGAGGGGGAGAAGUAAGGUGGAGCUUUGAGGAAUUGGGAGUCCUGUCCAGGAAAGUGGCCAAUAUACUCUCCAACCAAUGUGGGCUAUGCAAAGGAGACAGAGUUUUGGUCAUCCUGCCCCGAAUCCCGGAAUGGUGGUUGGUGACCGUGGCUUGCAUAAGGACAGGAAUCAUCCUUAUCCCUGGAACAUCCCAGUUAACAGCAAAAGACAUUCAGUACAGACUUCAGGCAUCGAAGGCCAAGUGUAUCGUCACCACGGACGCUUUAGCCCCUGCAGUGGAUUCCAUUGCAGGCAGCUGCAACUUCCUGCAAACCAAACUGGUGGUAUCUGAAGGCAAGAGGGAUGGGUGGCUGAAUUUCAAUGAACUCUGCAAAGAGGCUCCCGACAGCCAUCCUUGCGUGAGAACAAAGAUCCAUGAUCCAAUGGUCAUUUACUUCACCAGUGGAACGACAGGAGCUCCAAAGAUGGCUGAGCAUUCCCAAGGGAGUCUUGGCUUCCGGCCCAUCGCCAACAAAAGAUACUGGCUGGAUUUGACCCCUGCCGACAUUAUGUGGUCCACUGCAGAUACAGGAUGGGUGGUGGCUUCUCUAGGAUCUGUUUUCGAACCAUGGGUUUUAGGUUCCUGCGUCUUCAUACAUAGCCUGCAGCAGAUAGAAUCCACAAUUAUCCUGAAUACUCUGUCCCGGUUUCCCAUCACCGCCCUCCUGGGUCCUCCAACCUUGUUCCGCAUGUUGGCACAGAGCGAUCUCACCAGUUAUAAGUUCAUGAGUCUGCAGUACUGCUUAAGUGGAGGGGAACCUCUGAAUCCUGAAGUGAUGGAGCAGUGGAAGAGCAUGACGGGACUGCACAUCUACGAUCUCUAUGGACAGACGGAAACGGGUGCGAUUUGUGCAGUUCAAAAAGGGAUGAAAAUUAAACCCGGUUCAAUGGGAAAGGCAUGUGCACCAUAUCAAAUUGAGAUCAUAGAUGAAGAAGCAAAUGUUCUGCCACCUGGGAAAGAAGGAGAAAUAGGCAUCAGAGUGAAGCCCCAACGACCCCUUGGUUUCUUCUCUCGCUAUGUAGAUAACCCAGAGAAAACAGCUGCAACAGAACGAGGGGAUUUUUACGUGACUGGGGACAGAGGACUGAAGGAUAAAGAUGGAUACUUUUGGUUUAUCGGGAGAGCUGACGAUAUCAUCAAUUCUUCAGGGUAUCGCAUUGGACCGUUUGAAAUAGAAAGCGCCCUUUUGGAACAUCCAGCGGUAGCAGAAGCCGCAGCUGUCAGCAGCCCAGACCCGCUCAGAGGAGAGGUGGUGAAGGCAUUUGUGGUCCUGUCCCCAGCUUACACACUCCAAGACAAGGCAAAAUUAACACUCCAGUUGCAGGAGCACGUCAAGAAAGUUACUGCUCCAUACAAAUAUCCAAGGAAGAUGGAGUUUGUCCAGGAGCUGCCCAAGACAAUCACAGGGAAAAUCAGACGGAACGAGUUAAGAAACAAAGAAUGGGGGCGAGUUUAGCACAAUGGGGGAGAUUGCACAACUACCGAGUUUUCUUGAACGCCGUGUACGUUAUUCAAGGCUUGUUGAUAUUGGGAUGACCUAACUCUUGGCUGGACUUUGAGCAUCCAGAUUAGAGGCUGUAGGGAUGAUAAACAAUGAAAGAAGGGCAAGUGGGCUGUACCAUUACUAUACAGAGGUAUCCAUGGACAUUAAAUAUCCCUUGUUAUGUGCCACCCGCUCUUCCACGCAGUGACAAGUCUGAGACAGCAACAUGAGAUUUAAGUGGAUGAAAGAGACGUCAGGAGAUUUUGAAAUAUUCGCUUUAUUUACAAUUUUUCAAGAAGAGCACAGUGGAAGCAAAUAGACAUCUACUGCAAGCAGCACAACCCCUAAGCCUGCACUAGAAUCCUGUAUAGCAGCUGCAUUCCAAGAAUGCUUCCAUUUAAGUCAGCUCCAACUUUAUAUUUUUCGAGGGGUGGGGCAUAUCUCUUUCCUGCUCUCUUUGACUCUAGCCUCUUCCAGCCUGCCACUAUUUUUGUUUGGGAUUCAACCACAUGCCAGCAAAUUCAGAUUGUGCAAUUAAAGUAAGAAUGAUUUUGUUUGCGCGUGCAAUGGUCAUUACAAAACAAAGGAAUAGUACAUAUGUCUACAACCACAAAUCAGUAGCAGUUAAAGUUGAUUCGGCACUCUUGUGUAACAAACCCACUUCUCCCCCACAACCAGACUUCUUACGACAAGUGAUGGGAAUAUGUGGGAUAAUGACACAAACCUCUAUUUCUCCUUCACAUCUGCAGGAUGGCCUUUGUAAUGGACCAGAUGAGAGCCAAUAAACUGAAGCUCAAUCCAGAUAAGGCAGAGGCAAUGUUAGUAGGUGGUUCCUUAGACUAGAUGGAGACUUCUUGCUCCUGGGGGUUUACACACCCUCUAAAGGAGCAGGUACAUAACUUGGGGGGUGCUCCUGGAUCCAUUGCUGUAGCUUCGGGCCCAAGUGGCCUCAGUGGUGGGGAGUACCUUCUGUCAGCUUUGGAUGGUGGUCCAUCUAAGCCCUUAU